AGGUGCCGGAGUUUGGAGGAGCUGUAUCAGAUCAAACAACACCCUUUAUUACGAAAUGAUGUUGUUGGUGUCUUUAAUGGUAUUGGGUGCGGCGUCCGCGGCGCGACUGGAACAUCUGACGCAGGGCUACCAGGGCGGCUCCGGAACACCUUUCCACUACGAAAAUGUCAACAACGGAGACGGCAGUUAUCGCUACAGUUACGACACACCCACCGGUAUAUCGGCGCAUGAGAGCGGAGCGCCCAGGGCCCCUGGCCCGGAGGGUCCAGCGGUGACCGCAGAAGGCGGGUUCUCUUUCCGUACAAUCGACGGUCAGCAGAUCUCGCUGACGUACACCGCCGAUGAGAACGGCUUCCACCCAGUCGGCUCCCACCUUCCGACGCCUCCGCCGAUCCCAGAAGCGAUCCUACGCUCCAUUGAAUUCAACCGACAAAACCCGUCUUCUGACGGCUCUGGUGGUCGUAACGCCUACAGAUACUAGGCGCCCUCUGCCGGUGACAACCUGAACGAGAUAUUUCACGUACCUCAUAGCACGGACUGUGAUAAAAAUAUUAAAGACCCUUCACGCACUUCCGUACUCAAUUAUAUUGUAUUGUAA